GCUAGUAAUAUCCCAAAAGCCUCAAAAAUAUAAAACACAUUUUCUCUCUCCUCUCUCUCACACUUCCCACUGUCCCUCUCUGCAUUCAACACUAUGUUUCUUUCUCUCUUUUUCAUUGCAUGAUGACUCUAUUUUGUUCAAAUUUCACUAUCCAUACUUCAUACUUUAAAGACUUUCAUUCUGAAAAUACUAUAUUCUCAUUUUUCUUCUUCUUCUUCUUCUCUUUUUGAAUGGACGUAGGUGGUGAUGAAGAGUUCAGGAGGUGUAAUAGUAAUGGGUCUGGAAACCCCCAAUGUGAACCUGAGAGAAAGAAAAACAGGAAGGAAAGUACUUCUGGGAGAAAAAGAAAAGCUGAAGAAAAUUCACAAAAUGGGGUUGUUGAUGAGGAUGGAGGUAAAGGGUUGUUUGAUGGCGGUGGUGGGAUUUUUGCUGAAGGUGAAGUGAAUGGCGGUGUUGAUCUUGGUAUUGGUUCUGGAAAUUUUAAUCUCUGGCAACAAGGAGGAGAGGGUCAGCAGCUUGUUUUUGGAGAGGGAAGUGGAAAUUUAGGUAAGUUUCUUGGUGAUGGAGUUGAUUUUUUGGGUGGGUUUGUGGAGGAUAGGAACGGUGUUGGUUUAGGUCAGCCAUGGAGUAGUGUAGGUGUAUUUGGAAAUGCUGCUGGGGUUUCUGGUGUUGUUAAAGAAGAUCAUGGAAAAUGCGUUGAUGGUGUUUGUGGAAAUGACUCACUUGGUUUUCAUUCUCAAGGAAUUGAAGGGUUGAUUGGGGAAGAAGAAGCUGGUUUUGGGAAUUUAUAUGAUAGGAGUUUUCAAGCACUUCUUUUUCAAGGUAAGGUUUGUGAUGAAGAUGUGAAUUUAAUUGGUGGUGGAACAGGCUUUCAAGGGUUGGUUGGUGAAAGUGCUUAUGAUUUUAGAGGUGAGGUUGGUGAGGGUGUGGGAAAUUUAAAUGAGAGUGGCGGUAAAUUCGGAGGUGAAAAAAAUGUUGGUAAUGUAUUAGAGGCUCCUAAUUCAAGUAACAAGGUGAAAGCCAUUGGUGUUGAAGAGGGAAUAGAACUGUUACCCAGUGGAGGAGUUUCUACUCCUAAUGAAGAGGCAAGAGGUGAAGUUUUGAAGCCAUUGACAAGGAGAGGAGGAAGGCCCAAGGGUUCUAAGAAUAAGAAGAAAGGGGUUAGCUUAGCUUUGGAAGGAAAAGCGGAUUGUGGAAGUGAUAAUGCAGGAGCAAUUGGGAUGGGCACGGUUGAAGUUUUAGAGAAUGAAAAAUCAGUGUUUUCUGGUAAGUAUGAUGGGGAAGGUGUGGACAUGGGUGAGAUUGCUAGGACAAGGGAGUGUAGUCAACUAGAAGAUUUGAAGUAUACAGGGGAGAUUGUUUUUGCGGCCGGUUAUGAAGUUGCCGGGGUUAGUGAGAUUUCAAGACCAUGCAAGCUUGCUCCAGAGUCAAAGGGUCCGGUAAACAAAGAGAAGAAUGUUGAGGAGGUUAGUACUAGCAGUGAAGUUGCUGUUGAGAUAGCAAGGCCUAAGAAGCGUGGUCGGCGAAAGGGUUCAACAAAUAAAAUGGUAACCUAUAGUGCUUGUAGCAAAGAAGGAGCUGAUGACAUUGAAACACAAGGUUCGGAAGAAAAAAUGCUGAUCGUUCCGUAUCAGAAAGGUGCAGAUGGGUUUGCAAGCCCAACUAAUAAACUUGGUCCAGCAUCGUCUACAAGGAAUAAAUUGAGAAGUAUUGAAUUUGAGGGUUAUAAGAAUCCAGAAAUGUCUAGUAAUGUUCGUCUUGAAGAUGAUGGAACUCCAAGUGGUUUGGAGAUUACUACACUGGCUCCUUUAUGUGAGAUGGAAAAAGGGAUGCCUUUUGAAUCUGCCAAACAUAUUGAAAACUUAACUACGCCGCCGAUAAUUAAGCGUGGUCGGCCUAAGGGCUCAAAGAACAAGAAGAAAGAGCUAGCCGAUCAGGAGCACAUAGGCCAUGAAGGUGACAUCAUUAAGCUAAUUGGUGUGGAAAAUUACGAAGCCACUGCUGUUAGUGUCGGGGAUCAGGAAUUGGUGGUCCAAACCCUUGGUCAAGAUGAGGUUCAGAAUGUUAAACCAAAGAUCGGUAGACCAAAGGGAUCUAAAAAUAAGAAGAAAAAUAUUGACGGUGAAGCUGAAAACAAGUUACAUGAGAAAAAAAAACGUGGUAGGCCUAAGGGUUCCGGCAAAAAGCAAAAGGAGAACGCUUCUCGAUUGGAUGCAGAGAUUGAAUGUGAGAAUAAUACACGUGUCUAUGGGAUUUUGAGUACGACUAUACAACAUAAACACAUACAUGAGGAAUCCGUUUUACUGCUAGAAGAUCAAGUAUAUAAGAAAGACGAUGCAGAUUUUGUUCCUGAGUGCUCAAAGGAGUCUGGAAUUGAAAAGAUAGCAAAGGGAUUGGUGAGUGAAUCCGACAAUCUCCAUAAGACUCAGGAUGUCGAAGUGGGAGAUAUUUUUUAUGAAAAGGAAGUGAAAGAAACUAGAGACCAUGGAUUGGAAUCUGACAAUGUCCAUAAGACUCAGGAUGUCGAAAUGGGAGAUAUUUUUUAUGAAAAGGAAGUGAAAGAAACUAGAGACCAUGGAUUGGAAUCUUCAGAUAUGAUGGGUGACUGUGAGGCCAAAAAGGAGCCAAGGAAUUCAAGGUGCCAUCAAUGCUGGAAGAAGAGUAGAACUGGUCUUGUUGUUUGUUCCAAGUGCAAAAGAAAGAAAUAUUGCUACGAGUGCAUAGCAAAAUGGUACCAAGAUAAAACUAGAGAGGAGAUAGAGACUGCUUGUCCCUUUUGUCUGGAUUAUUGCAAUUGCCGAAUGUGCCUGAAGAAAGCUAUAUCUACAAUGAAUGGAAAUGAUGAAGCAGAUAGAGAUGUCAAAUUACGGAAACUGCUUUACUUGCUUAACAAAACUUUGCCAUUACUCCAAGAUAUCCAACGAGAGCAGAGAUAUGAAUUGGAAGUAGAAGCAAGCAUGCACGGUUCACAGUUGGUGGAAGAGGAGGAUAUUCGGAAGGCAGAAGUUGACGACGAUGAUCGAGUUUAUUGUGACAACUGCAAUACAUCCAUUGUCAAUUUCCACAGAAGUUGUUCCAAUCCUAAUUGUCAGUAUGAUCUCUGUCUUACUUGUUGCACUGAACUAAGAAUUGGAGUUCAUUGUAAAGAUAUUCCUGCUAGUGGUAAUGAGGAAAUGGUCGACGCGCCACCUGAAUCCAUUCCUUGGAGAGCAGAGACAAAUGGUAGUAUUCCCUGCCCUCCGAAAGCUAGAGGAGGUUGCGGUAUUGCUACCCUCUCACUGAGGCGCCUAUUCGAAGCUAAUUGGAUUGACAAGUUGACUAGAGGCGUGGAGGAACUUACCGUAAAAUAUCAGCCACCUAUUGCUGAUCUUUCUCUAGGAUGUUCAGAGUGCCGUAGUUUUGAGGAAGACGUAGCACAAAAUUCUGCAAGGAAGGCAGCUUCAAGAGAAACCGGUUAUGACAACUUUUUGUACUGUCCGGAUGCUGUUGAAAUCGGAGAAACAACAUUUCAGCAUUUCCAAAGACACUGGAUAAGGGGUGAACCUGUUAUUGUUAGGAAUGUGUAUAAAAAGGCCAGUGGUCUUAGCUGGGACCCAAUGGUGAUGUGGAGAGCUUUUAUGGGGGCAAGAAAAAUAUUAAAAGAGGAUGCCGUUAAUUUUAAAGCCAUUGAUUGCUUGGAUUGGUGCGAGGUAGAAAUUAACGCCUUUCAGUUCUUCAAAGGCUACUUGGAAGGUCGUAGAUACAGAAAUGGAUGGCCAGCUAUGCUGAAGCUAAAGGAUUGGCCUCCAUCAAAUUUUUUUGAAGAGUGUUUGCCAAGGCAUGGUGCUGAGUUUAUAGCAAUGCUUCCUUUUAGUGAUUAUACACAUCCCAAAUCCGGUAUUUUAAACCUGGCCACAAAGCUCCCUGCUGUUUUGAAGCCUGAUUUGGGUCCUAAAACAUACAUUGCUUAUGGAACUUCAGACGAGUUGAGUAGAGGUGAUUCUGUGACAAAAUUACACUGUGACAUUUCAGAUGCGGUCAAUAUUCUGACACAUACUGCUGAGGUAAAGCCACCACCAUGGCAAUCCAGAAUCAUAAAAAAGUUACAAAAGAAGUAUGAAGUUGAAGAUAUGCGUGAGCUCUACAGUCAUGACAAAACGGCAGUUGGUUUACCUAGAAAAAGAGGCAGAAAGCGUCGCGUAGGUUUUAGCGUGGAUCCUAAAAUUUCUGAAAAAGAAGACACUAAUGGUAGAGACUCAACCUUACAAGGAAGUCAAGGAAAAGAAGAGAAAUUAGAUGAACAAGAAUCCUCAGAACCCACCAAAAUAAAAUUCGAUUUAAAUGCCAGCGAGCAGGAAAUCUCCAAUUCACCAAGGUUUCAGCAAUUUGACCUCAAUAGUCAUGACUCCAGUUUCUUGGUUCCUGGAAACGAUUGUGAGUCAAUGCAUUAUGAUAACGUGCAACAAAGGUGCUCAUCUCAAGGUGAUGAAUCUUAUAAAGGAAUUUCAUCAGUGAUUGAUGAUCAACCUUGUAGUGGAACAAAAGAAACAAAAAUUGUCAACAAAUUAAAUUCUUCAGACGACUUCUGUUCAGAUGUCGAGACUAACAAUAUAGAUUCAGUCGAAAAGGAUAGUUUGAGUAAUAGUUUAUGUCAAGAUGAUGUUCAUUUGGGGACUCAAAAUGGGAGUGCUGUAUGGGACAUAUUCCGCAGGCAUGAUGUUCCCAAGCUAACAGAAUAUCUAAAGAAACACCAUAGAGAGUUUCGCCACAUAAUUAAUCUUCCGGUGAAUUCUGUGAUUCAUCCCAUUCAUGACCAGAUCCUUUAUUUAAAUGAGAAGCAUAAAAAGCAACUAAAGCUAGAAUAUGGUGUUGAACCGUGGACGUUCGAGCAACAUCUUGGGGAGGCUGUUUUCAUACCUGCAGGAUGCCCACAUCAAGUGAGAAAUAGAAAGUCUUGCAUAAAAGUGGCUAUGGAUUUCGUUUCGCCUGAGAAUGUUCAAGAAUGUGUUCAAUUGACAGAAGAAUUUCGAUUACUUCCUAAAAACCAUAGAUCUAAGGAAGAUAAAUUGGAGAUAAAGAAGAUGGCACUUUAUGCCGCCGAUGUUGCUGUCGCUGAAGCCAAUGAACUCAUGGGAGCUAAAUGAAUGAAGCCAAAGCCUGCCACUAACAACUUUUUGAAAAAUAACUCGAGAGAAGCAAUUUUGCUACUGCCUGAUAGUUUUGUUGUAUCGUGAUUGUAACCAUUUUCAAAGAGCCUGUGUAGAUGGCUGUAUCUUGUUGUACUGUAUCAUACAAGUCAUUGAAAAUUACAUCAAAGUUCAAGUUGAAUAUUGGUUGCUGCUACACUGUCACUAGACACUGGCAACAUGUGUACAAUAAAGCGAAAUACUCGUGAAUAUUUGAAGACCGGUGUGUUCAACAUUGGGGUGUUGGAAACUAGUUCUAGCCAGGUUGAAUAUUUUUAGCUAGACACUUAUAUGAAUGAGUGAUUUUCUUAUUCAACAUUUUUUAAAAUUUUUUGUAACUUCUAGGGUCAGAUCUUGAAGAUCUUGAAUCAUGUAAAUCAUUUUAAGAAGUCUGGAUUUUAUGCAAUCACAAAGUAUCAUCAACCUCAAUUCAAAUGAAGAUUUGACAGUUUAUGUUU